GAUUCCCUCAGAUUCGGUUUCCAUUUCAAGGAGGAUAGUAAAGAAACAGCCGGAGACAAAGAUAAAGGAGAGGGGCAAAUAUAAAAAGGAGGCAGCGGUAAAGAAAGAGUAACCGUCCGCUUGCUGAGGGAAGAAAGACGGAGGUUUCCGUUAGAACUGAAACAUGGGUGAAACUUCCAAAAGUAACAUAAAGAAAAUCCUCCUGCAACUUGAAUGCCAUUUCACUUGGGCAUUGCGAAAGGAAGACAUUGAUCCUGAUGAACUGGAGCAAAGAAUUCUUGAUCAAAUUGAGUUCUUGCCAUGCAAAUCCAAAGUCCAGAAUUAUAACCUGUUGGGCUUUGUGAAAUACUUAAACGGUAAGAAAGAAGAUGCUUUAGAUAACUUAAAAAAGGCUGAGGAGGCUGUGAAAACAGAGCACCCGGAAGAUAUUGAAAAGCACAGUCUUGUUACCUGGGGCAACUAUGCUUGGCUGUUCUACCACAUGGACAACAUGACAGAAGCCCGAACGUACAUAAACAAGACGGAAAUCCUGUGUAAGCGAAAUAAAAGUACCUCACCUUACAAGAUGAAACUUCCCCACAUCUACUGUGAGAAGGCGUGGGCACUCCUCAAAUUUGGGGCCAGUUAUUAUGAAAAAGCUAAAGAAAGCUUUGUAAAAGCCCUGGAAGAGGAACCUAAUAACCCAGAAUUUAAUGCUGGCUAUGCAAUCGCCAUGUACCGCCUGGAAAAUUGUUCUGGGGGGAAAAAAGGAAUGCAAAGCGCAUCACUAGAACCAUUGAGGCGUGCAGUACAACUGAAUCCAGACGAUGAAUUUGUUGUGCCUCUUCUUGCAUUAAAGCUUCAGGAAACUAAUAAUAUUAAAGAAGGGGGAAGGUACAUGGAAGAAUCCCUUGCAAAACACCCAGACCUUCCUCAUGUGCUGAGGUAUGCUGCCAAAUUUUACAGGAAAAAAGGGGAGGUGCAGAUAGCUCUAAAAUAUUUGACCAAGGCAUUAAGCUUAACACCAAACUCAGGCUUCUUGCACCAUCAGGUAGGGCUUUGUUAUAGAGCAAUGUACUUUGACAUGAAAAAGACACGUGGUUUCCAUCACCAACCCACCGAAGAGAUGAAAGAACUGCUCCGACUGUGCAUUUUCCAUUUCCAGACAGUGAUAGAGCACAAAACCAAAUUCUUCUUUGCUCAUUUGGACCUUGCUAAUAUUUAUGCAGAAGGAGGACAGAUUCAGGAGGCAGAAGAAAUGUUUCAGAGAGCAUUUGGAAUGAAGAAGCUGACGUGUCCAGAAAAGCAGCAGCUGUACUUCAAUUAUGGGCGCUACCAACAAUUCCACAAAAAAUCUGAUUCUGAAGCCAUGAAACAGUUCCUGGAAGGGCUGAAAAUUGAAUAUGAUUCGUAUGACAGAAAGAAGUGCAAAGAUAUGCUGAAGAAGUUAAUAGAAAAGAGAACCAAGAAAGGCCCAGCAGAUGCAAAGAGUUUGGGUAUCCUUGGAUUCAUUCACCAGCUGGAUGGGGAAAAGAGGCAAGCAAUCGAAUGCUAUGAACGGGCCCUGAAAAUGGACCCCGGAAACGAGGAAUACCUCAGUGCUAUUUUAAAUCUGAGACUUUCUUUACAAAACUAAAAUUUCCCAACUGUGCAAUCAAAUUGUAGAGAGGCAAAAAGUUGACUUGAUAUCGCAACAUGAACAAACAGAUUGGGUGACAGUAUAUUUU